GCCUGCGCUGCCCACAAAGCCACAAGAUAUCGCGAGAAAGACGAGACAGCCAAGCAGCAGCGGUUGCCUCGGUCUGCGUAUCAGUCCGCAGGAGGCCAGGAUGGAGGUGGUCGCUGUCUGUCUUCUUCUCUUGCUGAAUUCCCCGGAUUCUGGUUCUGCCGGAGGUACGACUCAAGUCAGCAAACGUUCAGUCAAAUUAGUCUUAUUGUGUGGUGGUUUUAUGGUUCAGUUCCUGAUCUCAUCCCCCCCUCCAGUCAGCGUGACGGUCGCCCCUGAAACGUCUCAGUUCUUCAAGUAUGACAGCUUCUCCGUGAGCUGCGAGGAGGACGAGGAGGACGAGGGGCGGAGGGAGGAGGACGGGCCGGCCGGCUGGAGGGUGAUGAGGCGGACUCGGGAUGGAGAGGUGCACCCGUGUCCGCUGUCCUGCUCCAUCUCUGCUGCCUUCCCUGCCACCGACAGCGGAGUAUACUGGUGCCAAACCGAACUGGGGGAAACCAGCGGCGGCGUCAACAUCACGGUCUCAGCUGGUUCCGUGAUCCUGGACGGUCCCGUCCUCCCUGUGACGGAGGGCGACGACGUGACGCUGAGCUGCAGACGGAGGGUCCGGACGUCAGCCUGCGUCCUCACAGCCGACUUCUUUAAGGACGGCGUCCUCAUCGAGACCAGCUCCACGGGAAACUUGACCCUGCGCACCGUUUCCAGGUUCGAUGAAGGACUCUACAGGUGCAAAGUCUGUGGGUUUCCGGACUCACCUGAGAGCUGGCUGACUGUCACAGCGCCACCUGCAGACCAGGAUCUUCACGUUCCCGUGCUGUCUGUCGCCACGCUGCUGCGCCACCUGGUGGUGGGGACUCCUUACCUGCUGUCCACCGUCUUACUGGGACUCAUAUACCGAGACAGAAGCCGAGGUGAGACCCGCAGUUCGAUCUUUACCAGGUCAGGUUCUGGACUUUGUCUCCGCUUCGGUUUCCAGAAGCGUUGAGCUUUCCCACAGAAGAAGAAGUCAAAGUAAAAGGUGUGAAGACAGCAGCGUCUCCGUAUGUCCGGGGAAAGUCCCUUUAAAGACGUCUUCUGUUGUUUCUGUUCCAGCGCAGCGGACGUACAGACCGAGACAAACAUGUAACAGGGUCGUCAUGGAAACGGCUGCAUGAGGGGGGACCCCGUCCUCUGAAGGACAACACGUCACAGUUUGUGUCACGUCUCGCGGGUUGCACUUCUGAACUUUGAACUGUUGGUGCUUUUGUUGUUGUUUUUAACGUUUUAUUUAUGGCCGACCCCGUUCGGUUUUCGUGUUUCUGAUGUUUACGUGUGAGCUUGUGUUUUGUGUUUUGCUGACUUGCAAAAUAAACCAAAGUGUUGUCAUGUGGCCGAGGCGAAGCGCUCGCGCAGGCGGGCGGCCGUGGGUUUGACAGGAAGUGCAGAUGACACAAGGCUGAGGUUUGUGGAGAUCAGGAGGUGGACGCCGAGGCUGAUCCUGUUGUAACCCGCUGCACCUCUGUUCAUCCAUCAGUCAGGUCACCAUCUUAGCUCACCUCCCUGACAGGACUCACAGGCUCCACUCGGUCUCCACAGUCGGGCUCGCAGGCCUGGACUGGAAACUGGUCUACAGUUUCCCUGACGCAGUCGCUGCACCCUGAGCCCACACUGAAUCUGUGAAGCACAACAUACACAAAAGCCAGCAGAUUUAAGUUGAGUCUGUUUAUUUGGAUCAUUGUUUUCAGUGUAAAUGGGACCAGAAUUAGCGUGUAGAACCGAGUGCGUGUUGGCGAACUCUCUCAGCAGAACCUAAACGCAGCACAGCUGACGGACACGGACCCAGUCCUGAGUCCUGAGCACCGGUCGGCCCUGCUGCGUGGGUUCACUUUCAACGCAGUUCGUGGGGAUGUUUCGGUGUGUCACAGCUGCAGCGCGAAAGGAAAGCAAAGCAACACCUUCGUUUCCUGUCAUUCAGCCAGCAGCCUGACAUUUCACCGCUGCUCUUCUUCAUCCUGUGACGUAUGUGUUGUUUAUCCAGGUGUGUCAAUCAAAGCUGAACAUGGAUCUCCCCCGUCACUGUGCGUUAUUCUGAAACUAUCUGCAAACAUGUUAUUAAACCCUUCAAGUUGUUCCGACUCAGGCUGGAGAAGAGUUCUUAUUGGAACAAAUAAAGUCAGCAGCUGAAUAAGACGCAUCUUGAGGCUGAUUUAAAGUGAACAAAGGUCAGGACGAGAAGUGACACGAACGCAUUUUUACUUGAUAAAAGAUUAAAUAUUGAUGGAGACGGCCCCGCGAGAGAUAACAAAGGUUUCGAUCUGUAAAAUCCAGGUUAAGAUAAAGUUAAACGUGAACCUUAAAUGUUCAGUUCACAACAUGCGUUUCAGAUAUAAUUUUAUGUUCUUAAAGACCGCACAAAUAAACCAGCUGUAUUUCAGAGGGGCCUUCACACGUUACUUUAACUGCUUGAUGAAUAAAAGAUUUGAAUUUUA